AUGGAGAGGACGAGCAAGAUAAACCUGGUCGAUCUUGCUGGAAGCGAGCGUACGGAUACGAACACGGUGACGAAUAGGAUCAGACAGUGCGAAGGCUCUAAUAUCAACAAAUCACUCACAACACUCGGAUCUGUUAUACAGGCCCUUGGUUACUGUUCCUAUUUUGAAACCCUCAACACGUUAUACUACGGACAAAGAGCUAAGAACAUUGUCAAUAAGCCAGUCAUAAACGAGGACCCGGUUACAAAACUGAUAUGCGAUCUCAGAGCUGAGAUCACAAGAUUGAAAGAAUUGCUGGCCCUACAGCAGGCGAGUUAUGAUAAUGAUGUAGCAAAGGCCACAGCAGCUGCAGAAGCAACCGCAUCGACGUCAGGGCCCAACAAUGAUAAGAAUAAUUAUACAAAAGUUGAACGAGGAACCAAUACUAAUUUAAUCAUUGCUGCUGCUACAACUACUUCUACUACUACUGCUGUUGCUGUAGCUACUGUGGCUACUUCUACUGCUGUAGCUACUGUUGCUACUUCUACUGCUGCUACUACUACUACUGCUGUCGCUACUGUGGCUACUACUGCUGCUACUACUACUACAACUAACUAUAAUGUAAUGUCAGAAUUGAUAAAAAACAACAAUAGUGCUAAUAAUAACGGUUACCAUGAUGAUGAUGACGACGAUGAAGAUGAUUGCAAAAGUAUUAACGAUGAUGAUGAUGAUGAUGGAGACGGCAGUUUUGAUGAUGAUAGCCUGGCUGAGAGGCUGCAUAAAGAUGAACUAGAGGUCAGUGCCUUAACGCGAAAGUUCUUCGAAAAAUGGAGACCACAAAUGAAUGUGAGUAGAGAUGGCCUUAUAGACGAUAUAUAUUUCAAUGAAUCCUUCCAUCAACCAAUCGGAGUAGGGGCAAACAAUAAUAAGAAUAAUAAUAAUAAUAAUAAUAAUAAUAAUAAUAAUAAUAAUAAUAAUGGUAAUGAGGAAGGAGAAGAUGAUGAAGAAGAUGAUAAUGACGACGAUGAAGAUGAUCGUGACGUCAUAGAUAGGUUUCAACAUGUUCCUCUCCGUAACCAAGCAUCCAAAAAAAGUCGACCAAUCGCGCUACUCCAAUCUAGGUCACCAUCUCGUUAA